AUGAGUCAGAGUUAUAACUGGCCGAAUGACGAUGAGACCGACUCUCAGAGCCCUAAUAGUCCGAGUUCUAGCGAGGAGUCUCAGCCUGCGACCACGGCGGUAAGGAGCCGUCUGAGACCUGCAGGGAAACACCCUGCGUCUCUGCCAUCUGCCGACCAAGUUUCAGACACAUCGGACGAAGAAGACCGAACGAUAUCAUAUAAUAUCCAGUGGAAACUAUCCAUUAAUCAUAGAAAGCGGGGAGGCUGCUCCGAGUUAGGUGUAGUAACACCGAUACGGAUCUUUUGGCGGGAUGUCUUAGAAGCAAAGUUAGACAAAGCCGUGAAGAAGCUGAAGAAGUCUUGCGAGGCAAGCAGCACAGAAAUUGUGCUGUCCACUACUCAUCAUGGAACCCAUCCCAUCACGUUAAGCUUUGACGAGCUAGAUAUUGAUUGGCAAUCCGUUGACAGACAGCGCAAGGAAUGGACUAAGUUGCCAACCUCACGCAAGAAGCGCAGCGUUGUUACCAUUUCUGUUACAUUUGAGUACACAUUUGUUGACACUGAUAAGAACCCCAGCGCGGCCGCCUCAGCCGCUCAGCUACAUAAUAUACGAGCCCGAUAUGGUGAUGGAACUAGUAUGACCCGGUCGGUGGCUGUCGGGAAGUCAUACGCUCUGAUGAGAUGCUCUGGUCCGCCAUGCAAAAACGGCGACCACUGCUGGCAGUAUGAAGGCAGACACAUUCGGCUCUUUCCCCACCAUAUAGACAUCCUGGUUGAUCACUUACAUGCAGGGAGGACUUUAAAUGGACAUCACGAUGUGCCAGAAACCUUUCGUAGAUUAGUUCUAGCUGACGAACGACAGCAGAAAGAGCGGGAAGAGAAGCAGCGUGAAAAGGAUCAACAACGCAAGCGAAACCGACAGGGCUCAGAUGGCGUAUCUACCAGCCUUUGUCAUCCGCAUCAGUGUUCGUAUGGCGGUCGUUCAACUCCCGAAGUGGUCUUCCCCGCCUCUCCGCUUCUAUCUCUCGGUGAACCAAGGCGAGACCUGCUCAAGGCGUACGACGUAUGGCAGAUAUAUCAAGCAAGUGAUGACGAAGAGUCUUAUCUGUGCAUCCAGCAUUUAAAUCUGGAGCGAAAAUAUGACCUCGAAAUGAUUGUGAGCAACCAGCAAAGGGUAUUCCAAUAUUACUUGGAUAACGACGUGCCAGAGGGUGUUGCGUGGCAUUACGUUAGUGAUAUCAAGGCGUUUUACAAAUUACGGAGGGAGGAACAUGCCAAGAACGCGCCGUAG